AUGGAUCCCAAUUCAGUGCCCGAGUUAGAACAAAUUAAUAAAAAGAGUACGAAUAAAGAUGUUAAUACAAAUAUAGAUGAACAGAAAAAUAGUUCCCAUUCACCGUUUAGGAGACAGGCUUUCAUAUCAUUCGGAGUAUUUAUGCUGACAUUGGGAGCUGGUGCCACAUCGGGCAUCUCAGCAAUCCUUAUACCACAACUACAAAAAUCCAGGAAUGAUUUAACGACAGAAAUGGUAUCAUGGGUAGCCGCUACAUCAUCCCUGGCCUUAUUCUUCGGUAACCUGAUAUCUGGAUACUUAAUGGAAGUACUUGGAAGGAGAUUAUCUCAGUUACUGCUAGCAACUUGUUUUAUAAUUGGUUGGCUGGUAAUUGGGUGCUCCAACGACCUUUUAUCUUUAAUAUUAUUGGGAAGAUUUAUUACUGGAUUAUGUCAAGGUUGGCUAGGACCACUGGGACCAGUAUUUGUUGGUGAAAUUACUUCUCCUGUCUAUAGAGGCUUAUUUUUAGCAGCUUUAUCCUUGGGCAUAGCUGUAGGUAUUUUCUUCGCUCACUUUUUUGGUACGUUUCUCCAUUGGACUCUUGCUUCGAUGCUUUGUGGAAUAUUCCCUUUAGUUGGGGGAAUCAUAGUAUACAAGGCACCAGAAUCGCCAGCAUGGUUAGCUUCUAGAAAUAGAAUUGACGACUGCAUAAUAUCAUUCUACUGGUACAGAGGAAAGACUCCAUCAAUGCAAAUCGAAUUGGAAAAAAUGUUGUUAGACUUAAAUAAUAAAAAUAAAUCAGAAAAUAAGAUGCAAGCCCUUACAGAAAAUAUAAAGAAACCGGAAUUUUACAAACCAUUGCUUAUAAUGAUCGUUUUCUUUGUAAUUUGUCAGCUCACUGGAGUUAAUGUCAUCUCUGCAUAUACAACAGAUAUGAUGGAACAAUUAAUGGGCGAAAAUGCAAAUUCUUCUUAUACUUAUGCAGCAAUGUUAAGUAUAGAUGUAUUAAGAUGUGUGGCCCUUGGAGUAGCAUGUGUUUUAUUAAGACGCUUGGGACGAAGACCAAUGGCUCUAUUCAGUGGUGUACUUACUUCAUUAUCUUUAAUGUCAUUAGCUCUAUAUCUCUAUCUUUACAAAAUUGGUGUAAUACAAAAUCUGUCGCUCUUUGUAUCAUUAGGUUUGAUGGCAUUUUACAUAGCAGUAUCUAACAUGGGCGUUGCCCUGUUACCGUGGAAUAUGGUAGGUGAACUCUUUGCAGUUAAAACAAAAGGCCUGGGAUCUGGGGUUAGCGUUAUGAUGACGUCUAUUGCUUUCUUUACAGUAGUAAAGUCUGCACCUGCUAUGUUUGAAAGUAUAGGACAUCACGGGACUUAUUUGUUUUAUGGAUUGGCAACUGCGUGUGGGACAUUAUAUUUAUACUUUUAUCUUCCAGAGACAAAAAAUAAAACACUAUUACAAAUUGAAGAGUACUUUAGACACGGCAAGAAAAGUGAUAGAAAAGAAGUAUGUAAUAAUAUUUAG